AUGCACAGCCAUGGCAAAGCAGAUGGUGGAACUGUCACGAAUCACCGCACUCGGUCCUUGUUGUUACUAGAGGACGCCGCAGAGCUGCUAAAGUCCCAAAGACAAAGUAAUGGGCAGAAGUGGAUGGAUAGACACCAGUCACUUUCUGUACUGUCGCUACAAGAGGUAAUUUUGGUAUCUUAUCUGAUGCACAUAGUCGCCGAUGUCAUGAUCGGUAGCCAAAAGACUGAGACUCAUCUUCAAGCUGCUUUCUCCCUAAUGGUGGAGCUCGACUACGUUGAUCGCUUGCCGCAAGGAUUUUACUCUCGGUUCCUCGUUCAGAGAUUCGCCAUGAUCGAUGUGGUGUUAUCCUUCUUACGACGCCGCAGGCCACUAGCACCGCAAAACUUUACUCUGUAUCAACCGAUGGAAGGGGCAGAUGAGCAAGAACCCUGUUUUCGUGAACUAACUGGAUGUCAUCAGCCAGUUCUCUCUUUCCUAGCACGGAUCUCACUACUCGCUGCGGAUAGUGUUUUGAACGACCCGGCACAUUUUGCAGAGGCCUACCAACUAGAGACUGAGAUGAGGUUAUGGGCUGCUUCUAGAUACCCUGGGCCUGGCUUGGACCAUGUACAUGGAAGUUUCAACAUAUCGGACGCGACACAAGAUAAUGCAGACGCUGAAAACUUUCACAGGCAGCUUGACACGCUGAGUGAAUGCAUUUACUGGGUUGCACAUCUACUGCUAGCGCGAAGAGUGUUCUUGGACCCUACAACGUCACCUCGAGUGCAACUAUACAGACGACAGCUCUUCAAUCUCAUGGACCGACUCCCUGCUGGUUGUGGACCAGAUUCAUCUUUGCCUUUUCCGUUUUACAUGGCUGCUAGAGAGGCCAUAAGCAAUCAAGACAAAGAUUGGGUGCGCAAGAAACACGCUGACAUGUUUAGCAUAUAUCCUGAUCAGUCGAGGGAACUUAUGAUGCGCCUGACCGAGGAGAUAUGGAGGAAGAAUGAUUGUGUUGCUGCGGCUGUGACACAGGACUCCUUGUCUGCUCUCUCUUGGGUUGACGACGAUGUCUAUAUCGGGAUUUUAGACUCGCAGGCAUCUCACUUCUUAUUUUGA